CGCAACUUUUUCCACUUCUGCAGUCGUCCAGGUGCACUAUGGGCCCCACCGAAACCGAGCGUUGCAUCGAGUCGCUGCUGGCCGUCUUCCAGCGCUACGCUGGGAAGGAGGGAGAUAGCAAGACUCUCUCCAAGAAGGAAUUCAAAACAUUCAUGGAUACGGAGCUGGGCUCUUUCACCAAGAACCAGAAAGAUCCAGGCGUCGUCGACCGUAUGAUGAAAAAGCUGGACAUGAACAACGACGGGCAACUGGACUUUUCCGAGUUCUUGAACCUCAUCGGGGGCCUGGCGCAGGCCUGCCAUGAACACAUGGCAUCUGCGCCCGCCCCCCCCAAAAGACACUGAAGGCAUCCGGGCGAUUUCAAAUCUUGUCAUCCAAAGCAUUCCAAAAAUCAGGGAAGGAUGUGUGCAAACUUCCUUUACUUUUUGUUUUCCUUGUUAAAAAUUUGAAUAAAAUCGAGAAUGAAUAAAAA